GACGUCGACCACCGCAAGCCCCGACACCCCCCUUCGCGACGAAUACCCCAACCCAGCUCGACUCCGCUUCCUCGUCGAACUGAAUUCUCGCAACAAUGGCGACCGAGUUGACCGUCCAGUCGGAACGUGCGUUCCAGAAGCAGCCUCACAUCUUCGUCAACCCCAAGACCAAGGCCAAGAGCAAGAAGGUCGGUCAGGGUCGGAGAUGGUACAAGGACGUCGGUCUGGGUUUCCGUACCCCCAAGAACGCCAUUGAGGGCACCUACAUCGACAAGAAGUGCCCCUUCACUGGUCAGGUCUCCAUCCGUGGCCGUAUCUUGACCGGCCGUGUCGUCUCCACCAAGAUGCACCGUACCAUCGUCAUCCGCCGUGAAUACCUCCACUACGUCCCCAAGUACAACCGUUACGAGAAGCGCCACAAGAACCUUGCUGCUCACGUUUCUCCCGCUUUCCGUGUUGAGGAGGGUGACUGGGUUACCGUCGGCCAGUGCCGUCCCCUGUCCAAGACCGUCCGUUUCAACACCCUGCGUGUCUUGCCCCGUACCGGUAAGGCCGUCAAGGCUUUCAGCAAGUUCUAAGCGUGUCGACGUUGAAGGGGGUGUUUCCGAAAGGUUGAAAUAACCUAGGGCAGCGGCGUGAAUGGAUAUAAGCGAACUAGUUUAACGGGUUGGGAUUGUUUCACGAUUUCAUGUCCCAGGUACCCUUUGAGGAGAUAUCCAAUGAAAUAAAAAAGCUUUUUCGAUCCUCCCCCUGUGAUUAGGAUUCCGCCGUAGUGCUUGCGGGCCCUUCAGAAAAAAAGUUUGGGAUUAUUAUAUAGGACGCUCUGGGAUUGAGACUUUUACUUUAUCACGACGUUUAUUGCCAGAUCAUGUUGAUUGUAUUCAUGUCCUUUUUUUCCUUGUUGUAACUGCUCAGUGCCGAUCUGAUCUUGAUUCGACA